AUGCUUUUUAGUUGGUCCUCAAAAUUGGCGGUAUUGGCUGCUCUUUUGGCCAUUGGAGUUUUAAUUGCAGAAGCUGGUCGUGUUAAAUUGCGGCCCCUGAAACCCGAUGAAGUCUAUAGUUUAUUGAAAAAAGCCGGCCGCGAAGAUGCCGUACCCGAGGGACGUGUAGUGACCCAAGCCAUAUCGGCCAUUUCCGGUUUUGGUCUCGGCGUGGCAAGUGGUGUUGGUGGGGCAAUUAUCUAUGAUCUGAUUACACAACCCAAUGAAACCAUGACCUGGCUCAAUGGCCUCUUCGGCAUGAAUGGGGGUAGCACUGCUGGCUCUUCCUCAGAACCUAAAACACAAGAGAUUUGCUUCAAAACUCGUAGUAUGGAUUAUGAUUAUGAUGUAGUUGGGCGCCAGACCGGUACAACGGGUACUACGGGCACCAGUCCAACUGGUACAGCCACGCCCACAACACCCACGACAAUGACGGCCACAACGGGUGCCGCCAGUGACACAACAUGCAUUGUCAUCGAAAAGGCCCGACACCGAAGGCGGCGUGAAGCGAUAAUACAACAGCUGGAGGAGAGAUAUAAACAUUUGAAUUUAGAAUAGUCGAGUUGUUAAGUCUAGCGGA